GACAUGACCCCUCCAGCGCUAAGAGUUGUAGUUCUGCUGGCCAGCUUGGGCUUUUGUGUCUCAGUGCCCAUUCCACAAGAAGACAGUGCAGAGUUCACAGAUAAUGACCUUCGCUUGGCACAGAAAUAUCUCAGCACUUUGUAUAGUUCUGCUGCUAACCCAGCUGGAAUUCUGAGACGUAGCGGUGGAAACAAUGUCCAAGCCCAGCUGAAAGAAAUGCAAGCUUUCUUUGGCCUGGAAGUGACAGGAAAACUGGAUGAGGAGACCUUGGACAUUAUGAAACAGCCAAGAUGUGGAGUGCCUGAUAUCGGCGAAUACAACUUCUUCCCACGGAAGCUUAAAUGGCCCAGAAUGAAUCUCACAUACAGAAUCGUUAACUACACCCCCGAUUUACCCAAUGCAGAUGUGGACAGAGCUAUCAAAAAAGCACUAAAAGUAUGGAGUGAUGUCACCCCAUUAAAUUUCACUAGACUGCGCUCUGGCACCGCAGACAUCAUGGUAGCCUUUGGAAAGAAAGAACAUGGAGAUUACUAUCCUUUUGAUGGCCCCAAUGGUUUGUUGGCUCAUGCUUUCCCUCCUGGUGAAAAAAUUGGAGGGGACACCCAUUUUGAUGAUGAUGAACAUUUCACAAAUGACUAUAAAGGAUACAAUCUGUUUAUUGUGGCAGCUCACGAAUUUGGCCAUGCCCUGGGUCUGGACCACUCCAGGGAUCCAGGAUCACUUAUGUAUCCAGUUUAUACAUAUUCUGAGACCAGUAGCUUUGUCCUUCCUGAGGAUGAUGUACAAGGGAUCCAGGAGCUGUAUGGACCUGGAAACAAAGACCCCAACCCCAAACAUCCAAAAACUCCUGAGAAGUGUGACCCAGAGCUGGAGAUCGAUGCUGUGACUGAACUCAGAGGGGAAAGGUUUAUCUUUAAAGACAGAUUCUUUUGGAGGGUUCACCCACAGAUGACAGAUGCAGAGAUGAGCAUGAUUAAAUCUUUCUGGCCUGAACUUCCCAGUAGAAUUGAUGCAGCAUAUGAAUACUCACUGAAGGAUCGUGUGUAUAUUUUCAGAGGAAAAAAGGUGUGGGCUUUAAACGGUUAUGACAUAGUAGAUGGUUAUCCCAAAAAACUGCAUGAACUUGGACUGCCAAAGACUCUGAAGUCUAUAGACGCUGCUGUUCAUAAUGAUGCCAGUGGUAAAACUCUGUUCUUUACAGAGGACAAAUAUUGGAGUUAUGAUGAAGAAAGUAUGACUUGGGAUAAAGGUUACCCUAGAUCCAUUGCAGAUGACUUCAUUGGAAUUGGAGAGAAAGUUGAUGCAGCAUAUAGGAGAAAUGGUUACAUUUACUUUUUCAAUGGACCCCUUCAGUAUGAAUACAGCAUCUGGAGCAAAAAGGUCACUCGUGUAAUGAAGACCAACUCUAUCCUGUGGUGUUAGUCCUAUGAAUGAAAUAGUUCCUUAAAGCAGACUGCUGAGCGGUUCUUGACCACAUCUAGU